GACUCGCAUAGGUAAAAAUUUUCCACUCCCGCUCUUAAAUUCUCUCUCAAAUUUUUCUUUCCCUUUUACGGUGAAAGGGAAAGAAAUUUUUUUCUUUCCCUCUCAAGUUGCCUAACUAGUGUAUUUUUCUUUCCCUUGGAGGGGCUCGUUCACGGUUGUUCCGGUGAUCGCAGGAGGUGGGCGGCGACUCUGUUCCGGCAGAUUCUUCAGAAUAGAAGAAAUGGCUUCACACGGUGGGAAAGACACAUCAUCACCUUCACGGUCCACACCAGAGAAAUUAUCCCCUGUGGUGGUCCUCGCCCAUGGAGCUGGUGCUCCUUCCUCUUCUGAUUGGAUGAUUAGAUGGAAAAAUAUCUUGGGCAAGGCGCUGAAUGCUGUUGAAGUAGUUACCUUUGACUACCCUUACAUGUCUGGUGGGAGAAGGAAGCCUCCUCCCAAGGCAGAGAAAUUGGUUCAGUUUCAUGUAGAUAUUGUUAAAGAAACUGUUGCUAAGUACCCUGGGCAUCCACUGGUUUUGGCGGGGAAAUCCAUGGGUUCAAGAGUCAGCUGCAUGGUAGCUUGUGAUGAAGAUAUCUAUGCUUCAGCAAUAGUUUGCUUGGGAUACCCACUAAAGGGGAUGAAUGGAGCAGUACGAGAUGAAACUUUGUUGCGAGUUACAGUUCCUAUAAUGUUUGUACAGGGUAGCAAAGACACUCUGUGUCCACUGGAAAAGCUGGAAGCCAUUCGCAAGAAGAUGAAAUCUCUUAUUGGUUUGCAUGUGAUUGAUGGUGGUGACCACUCCUUCAAGAUUGCAAAGAAGCACCUUCAAACCAAGGGGUCAACCCAAGAUGAAGCUGAAGAUCUUGCCGUUCAGGCCAUUGCAGCUUUUGUGUCUAGGUGUAUUGGAGCAAGGUAAUACUUCAGUUGCACAAGAGCUUUUGAAUGCUAUAUUAAGGGUCGUAUAUUUGUAUCAUUUUGUCUAUAUUAUGCUUUUUCAGUUUUCUUCUUUUUUCUUUUUCAUUCCUUAAUCAAAGGCUUUCAUGCCUUAUCUAAUGCUGACUCUGUAUUUACUAUAAGUAUUGCUUUGUUAUAAUUUGUUAUUUCAUCUAAGGCUACGGUUUAUUAGCACCUAAGAUAUUAGAAUGCUUGCAAAACAGUGUUGCACCUGUUUUUUCAUUGAGCGCAAUAUUGUAUU